CGGCAACGCGGCGUCGCUCCACGUUGUCUUGUUUUGGUUUUCGGUUAUUCUGUUUUCGUCGGUUUUCGGUUUGACGGUUUACAUAAAAUCAGUUUCCCGCCUAAGUUCGCGAGUAGAGCAUGCUGGAUUGCUAGAGCAGAGCAGCGACGAAUCUUUUACGAUGUCCCCUAUCGUGCUCCUGCUUCUGUUAUCCUUCUGUGUCCUUUUCGUCGAGGGCAAAACUUGCUAUUCCAUGGACAUCAGGAACACCGUGGACAGCCUGAAUCAGCUGAAAAAUUGCACGGAGAUCGCGGGGUUCCUGAAGAUAGUGCUCAUGGAAACAGUGAAGAAUGAAAGUGAUUUUGAUGGUUACGUUUUCCCGGAGUUGGUUGAAAUUACUGGAUAUUUGUUGUUUUACAAUGUGUUGCAUUUGUCUUCGGUGGGUCAACUGUUUCCGAAUUUGAGGGUUAUAAGGGGAACGGAAUUAUUGACGGAUUAUGCCAUGGUCAUCUACGAUAUGCCGCAUAUUAGAGAGAUAGGGACUGAUAAACUGAUGUUCAUCGCGAGAGGUUUCGUGAAAGUGGAUAAAUGCCCUCAUAUCUGUUUUGCCAAUACAGUAGAUUGGGAAGGACUGGGGGCAGGCGGACUACAUUUCACAAAUCUCAACAAUGGCACAUGCGAUGCUUGUCCUAAUCAUUGCAAGGGCCACUGUUGGAAUGCAACGCAAUGUCAAAUUCCAACUUCGACAUGUGACAGAGAAUGCCUGGGAUGCACCAAAAUGAAUUCACCGAGGCAUUGCUCUGUUUGCAAAAAUCUGGAAGAUAAUGGCACUUGUGUGGAAAAGUGCCCUCCUAAUAAGUACGUUCACGCGUAUGUCAACAAAUGCGUGACGAAAGAGGAAUGCACCACUUUGAUGCAGUCCAAAGGGCCCUGGUGGACACACGAAGACACAUGUGUGUCCGAAUGUCCCCAAUUCUUCGAACAGGACACCCGCGUGACGUCUGACGGGGUCAACGAGACGUUCUGCAAGUUUUGCGGGGAAAACUGCGAAAAACACUGCUCCACCACCGAUAUAGAGAGCAUCUACAAGCUGCAGGCGUUGAAAGGCUGCACGCACAUCGACAGCAAUCUGGUGAUCAAGGUGAAGAACGUGGAUCCUAGCGUGAGGUUGUCCUCGGCCCUCGAGGAGAACUUGGGCUCCGUGAAGUACAUCUACGGUUACCUGGUGGUAGGCAGGAUGAACGCCAUGAGGUCGUUGAGCUUCCUGAAUAACCUCACGUACAUAGGCGGGGUGGACAAGAACGUCUCCCGAGACGUCUCCUACGCCAUUUUCGUGUACGAAAAUCAGAAUUUGCAGCACCUGUGGCGGUUCGAUGACGGCUUCAACCUGACCAUCGGCAGGGGCACCUUACGGUUCCACAACAACCCACAACUUUGCCCUGUCGAAAUCGCUGCCUUGGCUAACGCCACCAACACCUACUUUUCCCCGCUGGACGUGUCCCCCUACUCCAAUGGCAACAGGGCCGAUUGCGCCACCGAGAAGAUGACCUUCAACGUCACCGAGUCCUCCAAGAACGCCACUCUGUCAUGGGACCAACUGCCGUUGCCUGUCAACGACACCUACAUAGGCUACACGGUGUACUACAAGGAGCAGUUCUACGGCGACGCUUCAGCGAGCGACAGCGACAACGUGUGCGCUGAAAGCGUCGAGACACAGUGGCGCAGUUCGUUCACCAGGAACAACAGCAUUUUUCUGGAUAACCUCGAGCCGUACACUCGGUACGCGUACUACAUCAAGAUCUACCGCUCGUCCAAGGUCACCACGCAGAGCACCAUCAUGUACCUGUGGACGCUACCGGACGAUCCCGAGGCGCCGGAGGAUGUUACGGUGACGGCACUGGAUCACGCUACCAUCCGCCUGGAUUGGAGUCCUCCGGGUCGGACGAACGGCGUCCUGGCGCACUACAAGGUGGACUUCAACGCUCUGCCAGAUGCGCCGGUGGACAGGAACUACUGCACGGAGCGAACGACAUUAGAUGGCUACAAAAUCGAUGAAGAUUCUGAAGAUAUGGAGAUCGAGCCCAAACUCGGAAAUAAGACUGUCAUCAUCGAUAUACCCUAUGAGUCGAACUGUUCUUGUCCUCUACCGAAAUUUCCUCCCAACAAAAAUACAAUCUCUGAGUUCAAAGAUAUAACCAUCCACAGUUUCGACCGCAGGUAUGAACUUUGCGAAGACCUGGCUCAAUCCAAGUUCCAGAGAGACGAUUGCAAACAAUUCAUUUACAAAGUCAUAUCUCAUGACAAUUCGGAUAUCAUAGUGAUCAACAAAAGAAACGAUGGUCAACAGAAUGGUUUCGUAAAUACAAGCAAUCAGUAUUACAUAUUUCCCAAUCUAACCUCAUUCAAUAUAACGAAUCUCAACCAUUCUACCAUGUACAUCUUUUACUUUUCCGCGUGCAACGAACCUACGGAGAAUAGAAGGUGCAGUCCUAUUUUACAACUCUUUGCUAGAACGAAGAAGGAAGAAGAAGCUGAUGACAUCAAAUACGUGCACAUUGAAAACAUCGACACUACCUCUGUCAAAAUCACUUGGACAGAACCUACCAACCCAAACUCAGUUAUAGUAUCUUAUCGGUUCGAAAUAAUGAAAGAUGACGUAAAACAUCUAGGAUCCACCACCAUCGAUUGUUUGCCCAGGAACUCCAGUUUCAAAGGCCCGGAAUAUCUUCUUCCCAAUUUGACACCUGGCAGCUACUCAGUUAGGAUCCGAGCCGAGUCUCUAGCAGGGCUAGGAAAAUUCAGCAGGAAAUAUAGUUUUUCCAUCAGUGCGCCAGCUAAAGAUGUGGUGAUCAUAGUACCGGUGCUAGUCGUCUCUUUUCUUUUAAUCAUAGCAGCCAUCGGCUUCUAUUGGCUGUACAAGAGGAAACAGAUACUAGAGAACAUCCGUCUGUUUCCCAGCAUAAACCCUGACUACGAAGGGGUUGUUUACGAAGAGGACGAAUGGGAGAUAGACAGAAACGACUUAGAGUUGGGGGAAGACUUAGGCCGCGGUACUUUUGGUACUGUGAACUAUGGCGUGAUAAAGUCCCGGAACUUACCUUGCGCCGUGAAGACUAUCAACGCAACCCUCAGCAUGCCGGAUCGCAUGGAGUUCCUCAACGAGGCCUCGGUGAUGAAGUCCUUCAGCAACUGCCAUCACGUGGUCAAACUCCUUGGGGUCGUGUCCAAAGGCCAACCGCCGCUGGUGGUGAUGGAGCUGAUGGACCGCGGAGAUCUUAAGAGGUUCCUCCGGAGGACUCGGGACUCGUCGCGCGACCUGACCUCGAACGAGAUCUAUCGAAUGGCGGCGGAGAUAGCCGACGGCAUGGCGUACCUGGCGGCCAGGAAGUUUGUGCACAGGGACCUGGCGGCGCGGAAUUGCAUGGUGGCCGGCGAUAGGACGGUGAAAGUGGGGGAUUUCGGGAUGACCAGGGACAUCUAUGAGACUGAUUACUAUAGGAAGGAGAGCAAGGGGUUGUUGCCGGUGAGGUGGAUGGCUCCGGAGAGUUUGGCUGACGGUGUGUUCAGCUCGGAUUCGGACGUGUGGAGCUACGGGAUCGUGCUGUGGGAGAUCGCUACUCUGGCGGAGCAGCCGUAUCAAGGUCUGUCCAAUGAGGAGGUCCUCAAGUUCGUGACGUCGAAAGGUCGCCUCAACAGACCGCCGGAAUGUUCGGACCUGCUCUACGAGCUGAUGCGCCAAUGUUGGAGCUGGUUGCCCAACGAUCGCCCCGUCUUCUGGGACAUCGUCGAGCGUCUGGAGCGGCACGUCAGCCACGACUUCGAAGUCGUGUCGUUCAUACACAGCCGCGAAGGCCACGAAUACAGAAUCGUCCACGGCCGCCAGAGGGCGUACAACCCGCCGGCCCUAAGCUCGGAGCCCGUGGAGGACGCUUUCGGGCGGUACGACGUGUCCGAGGACGAGGUCAGUCUGCACGUGGGGACAGUACCACGCCGUCCCAGCUACCUGCAGCAGACCAUGAACCGAAAGGGCAGCGGCUUGUCGCCCAGCGAUUUCUAUUAGACCGAAGG